UGUUUGGCUAAAGAUAAGUUGUUUGUGGGUCGAAUUCUGCUUGUGAACAUUACCGCACAGCCCAACCGCGCUUUUAAAGAACUCGAGUAAACAACGUUUACUGCCUUCAAAGUGUUUGCCUCCAAUCAGUUUUAAGCUAGGUGAGAUUCAAGUUGCAUUUGCCCCGGUGCUUUUGCAAAGGCUAUUUACAAAGACGCGAUACAAAGCAGAACAACAAUACCUCGUUGGUGUUCGUUUGUAGAUUCGGGUUACAACGAUGAGUAAGCGUCACAAGAGGACUUUGUCUCUUCUCUCUAGCGUGGAUGACGAUUUCAAAAGCGACUCUCAAGAAGCUGAACGAAAUGCUGCCCUCGAAGUUCAGGAGAAGACGUGCGCUGAAUGUAAAAGGCGAAAGCAGAAGUGCGAUCGAAAAAGACCUUGUGACCAUUGCAUCGCCCGAGGAAUGCAAGAAAAGUGUAAGCCGAGCACUCGUGUAGAUCGAUUUGAGUCUUUGACUGGUCGAGUAGCAAAGCUAGAGUCGCAGUGGGAGACGCUUCUGCCUUUUUUCGAUCACCUUGAACAACAACGCACAACCUCAAGCCUCACGAUUGGCGUACCCACUGCAUCCAGCUCUUCUGGAACUUUUCCGACCGAACAGCCUCUGUCCGCAAAUCUAAGUCCACGCAUGCGCACAGAGCAAGAUACGCAAAAGGUACACAAUGGGCUCGACCAACUCUUUCUGAGUAAUGGAAAACAGGUGUUGCAGGAUGCGGAAGAUUACGCAGAGCACGGCGCCAGCAAGCCCUCUGUUCCGCAAAGCAAUCAUAACUUAGUUUCGUCCCUUUUGACGCUCGGUUGUUCAACAUAUUGUCUGCAAGGAAUGAUGGCAAUCUUGCCAGAUCGGAAGUUGGCUGAUACAUUGGUGAGCUAUUUUUUCUCUAGGGUCAACCUUCUCCGCCAUCCUAUGCCUCAUGACAAGAUAAUGCGAUCCAUACAAGAUUUCUGGCAAGGCAGCGUGUCAUUCACUGUUGGCAAUUUGAACGCAUAUGCACUGAUCACUUCCAUGUGCGCUCUUUCGCUGCUUUCAAUUGAUAACUCAUCCUUGCAUGGACUGGAUUCAUCUUGUGAUCUAAUCGAAACUCACCGAGACGCACUUGCUAAACAACUUCAUUACGCAUCGAGGCAUGCUCUGAUGGUGAAUUCAAUGUCAUCGAGUGAGUCAGUGGAGCAUGUCAUAGCUUGGGUACUUUGCUGCCGAUUUCUGUUGCUGACCCAUCGAUACGGUGAAGGUUAUACUUGCGCCGCGCGUAUGGUGAAGAGUGCCUACCGGCUCAAGCUGCAUCGCGAUGGGGAAGACCAUGUGAGGGCAACUGCAUUUGGAUUGAGGUCCGAGAGUCAGACACCAAUGACAAGGCAAGAGGUAGAGGAACGACGUUUAUUGUGGUCCGCCGUGUAUCAUUAUGACAGGUGGAUAAGCAUGUCUACAGGCUUGCCGUUCAUUAUUUUUGACCAACUCUGCACCACACAAUGCCCCACAAUCCAACUUGGUAGUGGAGCUUCCGAUGAUACUGCUCUGGAUAGAGCACUCAGCGAAUUAACCCCAACACCGUACAUGUACAGUAUACAUCGAUUUAAACUGUCCGUUCUUUUGGGGCGUAUCUUACUAUUCCUGCGCGGAAAUGAUGACAUUUGGACAGGCGAGCUUCGUUCCACCGCGAAUGUCCUCGAAAUUCUGACAGAAUUAGACAACAGUUUGAGGACGAUUGAAGAAUCGCUGCCCUUCUACCUCGCUUGCAAAAAAGAUGACGAAAUUCAUCCUAUUGAUUUUGUGGAGCUUGAGGUGGAUAGAGAUUUUCCAUAUCUCCCCGUUCAUAGGUUCCUUUUAAACAGUGAAAUUCUAGCGACUCGCGCUUCACUUUUCAGCGCAUUCUUAAUAUCGCCCGCAGAGAAUUUGAAGAAGCCUAGGCAGGUAUGCAGGCACGCCGCGUUGAACGAUCUGAACCUGCAUCUAACAUAUCUCCGCAGUGAAACUGCGCUCACAGAGCGUGAGAUUGCCGUUUACAUUGGUUCACAGCAAUUAUUCAGAUCGGCAUUUCUUUGUGCUCUCGACCUCUUGCACUUUUGUAAAGAAGGCAGAGAUGAGGAAGGGACCACUGUAGCAGAUUCAGCGACAGCAAAGGUGCUCUCUGAUUCAGUGCACCGUGUGAUUUCGCUCGAAUCUGGUCGAAAGUGCUUGCUUGACCCAGAAGCAAGGCAAGUGAUCAAGAACAUUCUCGCCGAAUGCCAACGCUACGACACAAACGGAGAUCUGGCAACGGGACAAUCUUUUCCUUCCUUCGAAAGCUGGAGCAUGCCAGAUGCCAAAAUUUUAAUAGAUGCAUUUUUCAACGGCGAACAAUCGCAAGCAAAACUAUAUUCUGAGCUAUUCGAUCAGGUUUCGACGAAUUUCACCGCAUAGACACUACGUGAAUUUAACAUUUUGCAGUACGACGGGUCAUGAACGAAUGCUCAAAAGAAGCAGAUGGGCAAUGCACCCUUCAUGCUGGUAAUUUGCGUCAAUGGCCCGAUACCACCCACUAUCGGAAGGGCAAGCACGCUGAAUCUAGUGGCAGAUUGAUUUCUGUAUCCUAUCAUAAUUCUGAAACGGAUCAUGUUUGUACGAUUACCCUGCUUUUCCUAUGUCACC